CUGCAAACUCGAUGGGCAAAGGAAUCAACGUCACCAUUCCCGACAGUUCCUGCAGAUACCACAACGUGGAUAAACACAGUCUCCGAGGCCCCACGAAGUCUACUGCGGAUGCUUCAGAGCUUCGAAUCGCCAGAAUAUAUCCUGAGCACAAUGACGGAUGCGGCGUUAGAUACGUGGACCGAACAGAGUCGACUAGAAUAUCUACUACGCUGUCUCGAAAGUUGGGCAGCAGUACCUGACGAAGAUGUCGGUCGCAAAGAAGGGCUGCUUGAACGUUGCGCGGACCUACGGGAAACUGCUGCCGGAAGUCCCGAAAAGCUGGACAUCUACGCACCGGUGAUGUGGAAUACACUGAAAGCGGCGAACUUUGGUAAUUCUCGGCUACUUGAGCUCUGUCAAAAGAACGAAACGCAAGCACGCUCGAGAAUGACCGUAGCUGCAUUCAUAUACGAAGUCGAGUUACGGGCGCUGGCAGCAACACCCCCUGGACCUCUCAGCUCAGUUGUAUAA